AUGGCUAAGGAUCUGGAUUUCCCCGUCAUCAUCGUGGGAGGUGGAGGAUGUGGUUUGUCCAUGUCGUCGUUCCUCUCUGACUAUGGAAUCGAGCACAUCCUGUUUGACCGCAAGGUCGUGGCUUCGGCUCUGCCAAAGGCACAUUAUCUCAACCAGAGAACCAUGGAGACGUUCAGGUUGCAUGACAUGCACAAAGAAAUCCGGAAGAGAAGCUGUCCUCCCCACCUGAUGAGCCAGGUCGCAUGGGCUACCUCUCUUGGGGGCAAGGGACCUCUCGACAGAAAAGUGAUUCACCAGUUUCCGUGCUUUGGUGGCGAUGACGGCGAUCUCAAAGCCCAAGCAUACAAAAGAGACAGUGCCGAAGGGUCGGCCAAUCUUCCACUCUGCAGGAUGGAGCCAAUCUUGCGGCAAUUGGCCGAGGAAAGGAAUCCUGGACGUAUCCGUUUCGGCCACACCGUCGUCGACUUUCACGACAACGGUGAUCACGUUGAAGUCACGGUCCAAGACGCCACCGGGAACCUCUCCACUUAUCGAACGCGAUAUCUCAUCGGCGCAGACGGUGGACGUUUCAUCGGGCAAAAGAUCGGUAUCACUAUGCAAGGCCCGACCGGAAUCACGGACAUGGUCUCUGUUCACUUCGGGGCAGACCUUUCCCAGUACUGGGACGAAACAUUCUUUGCCUGCCAUUUCAUCAACGGCGAAUGUGGAACCAUCUUUGAGAGUGGUGCGAUAGUCCCCAUGGGCCCGAACUGGGGCCGGCAAUCGGAAGAGUGGGUGAUGCAUUUCGGCUUUGCACUGGACGACGAAGCGAGACACCAGGAGGAAAAGCUGGUCCCUCGAAUCCGCGACCUUCUCAAGAUUCCCGAUCUCGACAUCAAAGUCCACAGAAUCAGUCAUUGGAUCAUCGAGAGCGUGGUCGCCGACAAGUAUCGCGAAGGCCGCGUUUUCGUUGCUGGCGAUGCCGCUCAUCGACGCCCUCCAACCACGGGACUAGGCCUGAAUACAGCGAUAGAAGACGCACUCAAUCUGUCUUGGAAGUUGGCCAUGGUCCUCAGGCAUAAUGUGGACACCAAGAUCCUCGACACUUAUGAGCCGGAACGACGACCAGUCGGCCGAAGGAAUGCUGAUUGGGGCUUGUUCACGUUUGAAAACUCGGCGGUGAUUAACGCGGCAAUUGGCCUGGUGGCUGGACAGAAGGAGAAAAACUUGUCCAGAUUCCAGGCCAUGUUCGAGGACUCCUUGACCGGACGGAGCAUCCAAGCACAGGUGAAGAAAAUGAUUGAAUCUCAAAGCAUCGAAUUUGGAGCGCACGGGAUCGAGCUUGGGUUCACGUACGAGCAUGGCCUCAAGAUCGCCGACGGCACCACAGCUCCAGAGGUAGAUCCCCUCGGCCAGAGAUAUUUCCCGACGACUCGACCAGGGCACCGCCUCCCUCAUGCAUGGUUGGUUUUGGACGACCGUGUCAUCUCCACGCAGGAUCUGGUCGGGCCCAAAGGAUCGUUUCUGCUUCUGGCCGAUGACAAUGGGCUCGUAUGGACGGCAGCUGCCAAGCGAUUGGUGCUUCGGUACAAGAUUCCAAUCCAGACGGCCCGGAUUGGCGAGUCUCUAAGGGAUAUAACAGACCAGUGGCAGCGGGUGAAGCAGCUCGACGAUGGGGGCGCGAUUCUGGUCCGACCGGAUAAUUUUGUUGCCUGGCGAUCGCGAGGACCGUCCAAGGCUAAUGGUCAAGAGCUGGAGGACGCGUUUGUUGCGCUACUAGGUCUACCGCAGUUCGUUGUUGGGGAGUCGAUAUAG